UCGACCUAUAACAACUGGACGGUACCCACUGGGAUUUCUCAUGGCCGCGGUUCCGGUCCGGCUCAGUCGUUGACUGCAGGUUUCGAUGAUGGUGAAAUAGCGGCGAUGGACAAAGCUUGGUGUGCUUGCCUUUUGGAACAGUCGCCCAAAAGAUUUUACAGUUUUUCACUGGAUCACUUGCACCAGAAGUUUAAUCCUCUAUUCUCUGAAUAUCGUCUUUCGGAUGAUUACAACUGGAGCUCGUUAAAGCGGGCCAUGCUGCGUGGGGGGUAUCCAGCAGUGAUUUGGCAUGUGAGUUUUCCCAUCAUCUUCUCCAUAUUUGCCUUCUAUUUAUGCUGUGUGAAACCGAGGCAUUGACUUUUGCUAAUUGGACCCAGGAAUCCUCCGUUGCUGCUUUUGAAGCUCGCAUCAGAGCAACAAAGACAUUCCAGCAUUUGUACGGUGAUAUUGAUCGCGGCCGUCCUCGUCAUAUCGUCAAGAGCAUUGCGCAACAUUUGACAGCAUCUGAAAAUGCGCAGAUUACCGAAGACAAAGGGAAUACGUCCUUGUCUCCCCAUCGCGUCGGCGGUGCUGGAAACAAGGGCCUGAAUAGGAGAAGUAAUAGCCUGGCGCCGGACUGGGACAGAGCUGUGACCAUGCCAUGGGAGACAUCUCCGUUUGUCGCUCGUGGGUCUACAGCCUAUGUGACUGGAUCGGCUUCUGAGCCUUUCAACGAUAUCGAUAUGGGUGACAUCUAUGUACAUGCAAACAACCAUCUCCGUGUCCGUGAUCAUACCCCUGCUCCCUCGGAGAUGACCUUUUUCGAUUUGAGCUGCAUAGCACCGGAACAAGUGCCCAAGCCAAGCAUUGAAACUUCGACGAUAUCAUCAACGAAUAAUGACAUCUCGGGCUCUCAGAGAUAUAAGAAACGCCAGCCCAAAGAAUCCGUUACCUCGAAUGCUCCGAGCAGCGAGACCGUCAGGCUGCGUCCUACCCUGGCUUCUGAGCAUAGCGUUUCGAAAUCGACUCUUUCUAGAAGAUAUGAUUCUAUCUCGUCCCCCUCGUUCGGCAGUAGUUCUUUGCACUCGCCUGCGACUGUUAUUGCCAAUAAGCCCAAUCGUGGGCCGACUCUGGACAGCGGUAUUGCUUCGCAGACAAACUCCGAGGACAAGAACAAUGCGCAGUCUCUUCGCGGUAGUGCUUCCCAUCAUCGCCAACAGCGUGAAGAAGUCAAUAGCACCCAGGUGUUCAACGCGCCUUCUGUCUCCUUGCGGUCAUCAUCUCCACCGAGUUCGCGCAAACUGAGUCUCUCCAUGUCGAUUUCCCCGCCGAGUGGUCUUUCACAAAUUUCCGCAGCUGGGUCUUCCAGGCCAUCCGUACAUUCGAGCCGCAUUUCUUCCGUUAUUGACUGGGAAGAGUCGACCGCUGAAAAAGCAAGGCUUGUUAGUUCCUGGUUCCAUGGGCGCAGUCCCGCUACCAGGUCUCCUGGAUACUCUAAUGACGCAUCGCUUCAACAUCCUGAAUCUGGCCGUAGACCAGAGCUCCAAAAUUCAGCCCUCGUGGUUGCGGAGAGUGCUGAUAGUCUUGAGCCCUUUUCUACCAUCUACCCCGCAGAAACAACUUCUACUGGGCGCAACAGGUCCGACAGUAGUGUUGGUCAUCGUCUCAAAGACUCGGACAGCAUUGACCCCCGGGACGAAGUAUUUGUCAAGAACCUCCUCAAAGCCGCUUAUGAGGCAUACUACCCCGAUGUGCCAUUCCCCGUCAGUCUCUUUGAGCGCCGAGACCGUCCCGAGCCGUUUUCUGUCCUGUCGAAUAUUGUUCGGCUUCGGCAAACGCGGGACGUUGCUGAUCUCGACAUGACUGAUGUUUCUGGUGUCUCUGAUGUUUCUGACAAGACUCCUACCGUUGCUCGGCCAGGUGACGGUCCUAAUAAGUUGAACGACGCUGGCACCGUGUCUAGUCUCUCGAAGCAUCAUACCGCCAGUGACGGAGACGCAGCUGGAGCUGCUACUCGGACGUACACCAAGACUGUCGUGUCCGCGAAUGCCGAUGGCGAAAAAGAAGUGUUUUACGAACUUGAACUCGAACAUGAUCGUGGAGAGUUUUCCGAGUCUUUGAGCAACAUUGACGGUAGUCCAAUGUCCAGCAGUGACGAUGAGCAGGGGGGUGUUCGUACCGCUACUGUCCGUACUGCCGAUGCUACUCAUUCCGUCCAUUCCGUCCAUUCUGCCCACUCUAUUCAUGACGGCGAAACGAUCCACGACGGAUUUGAAAGAGCUGAAAGAGCUGAACGACACGAAAGUGUAGAGAGAGCGACUGAUGCAGAGGGCGACACACCCAUGACCAACUAUGACUACGGCGACGACGACGAUGAGAAUGGCCAUGAGGAUGUGAAGAAGCAGGAGGCGGGAAAGGAUGGCAAGGCCACUGACGAAGAAGCUGAUGAAAAAGUUGAUGAAGAAGCCCGCUUUGACGAAAUCAACGACAUCAUCGCGGAGCACUUCCCUGCCGCAGAAAAAGGAAUGGCGUACCGCUACGAUUACGACACCGCGGACCGUCUUGCUCGCAAUGAGAAGUGGGCGGCCGAUGAGACUGAGUGGUUGGAUUACUGACCUUUUUUAUCUUGGCUGUGGUCGUUCUGGUCUGUGGUCAUUCUGCAGGGUUUCGUCAAGCGUGCUUGUCAUUCUACAGGGUGGUCAUCCAUUUGUGGUUUGCCAUUUGCCCACUUGUCAAGUGUGGUCGUCCUUUUGUCCUUUGUCCAUUUUCCAUUUGUCCACCUGUCGUUUCUCGAGAUAAGCCUGGUUCUCACUCAAGCUUUAUUCUCGUCUUCAUUAUCCAUUUCAUUAUCAUUCUCGUUCUCUUAAUCCGGGAGGUAAUCUGUCAGUCUGUGAAAUAAAGAAAAGAAAAGUGAGCAUAAAUAAUGAAAAUGGAAUGAAAUGAAGUGAAUGUAAUAAAGAUAAGCCAGAAUACGCCGACGCCAUUUCCAAAGCUCAAAAAGAACUGCCUAGUCUUGUCCACUGUCGUGAGAAAAUACCCUAUCCAAUCCGAUGGAC